UGAUAUAUUUUGCUUAUCAUGCUAAUGAAUUUUUAGAAGGGGAUUUAUUUAAUUAUCAGUGAGUAUAAAAUGGCUUGUACAUUGAUAAAAUUAUCAUUUAAAAAUUCAAGUAAGUCAGUGAAAAAUAAUAUUAAAUAUUAACGAUGGCAACAAUUAAGUAUAAAGAAGCAUCACCAUAUUCAAAGCCAAUUCCAAGACCACCAGCAGAAGAUUAUCUUUAUAAAAAUUAUGAAAGUGAUUUUAGAUGUAGUAAUGAUGGAUCAAAUGAAAAAAUAAUUGGAAUCGCUCUGUUUGGUGUUGGAAGAGCCGGAACAAUUCAUCUUUCAAAUAUAAUUGGUAGUAAACGUGUAAAAUUAUUAUACAUUGUUGAUGACAUUGAAGAAAAAUGGUCAAAAAUAAAAAAUCAUUUUUGUCUUAAUGAUGUUACUUUUCUUACAAGCAAACAAUCCGACAAAGUUUUUCAAGAUAAAGCUGUUGAUGCUGUUGUUGUUGCUUCACCAACUUAUACACAUGAAAAAAUUGUAUUAAAAUCACUUGAUGCAAAAAAAGCUGUAUUUUGUGAAAAACCAGUUGCUGAAGAUCGAGCAGAUACUGAAAAAUGUUUUGAAGCUGCUAGAAAAUCUGGUAAACCAUUAUUUACAGCUUUUAAUAGAAGAUUUGAUCCAAGUUAUUCAACAGUUAGAGAUGAAGUACGUCAAGGUAAAAUUGGACAUGCACAAGUUGUUAAAACUGUAUCAAGAGAUUCACCAAUUCCAACAAUUGAUUAUCUCAAAAAUUCUGGUGGAAUAUUUCAUGAUUGUAUGGUUCAUGAUAUUGAUUUGCUAACUUGGUUAAUUGGUGAACUUCCAUCAAAGGUAUCUGUUCAAGCAGCUGCUAAUAUACCAGAAAUAAAAGCAAUUGAUGACUUUGAUACCGUUGCAGUGACAAUGCAAUUUCCAUCUGGUACAUUGGGCAUUAUUGAUUUAUCAAGAAAUUCAUGUUACGGUUAUGACAUGAGAUUAGAAGCAUUUGGUCCAAAAGGUGUUGUUAGAGCUGAAAAUGAACAACCAAUUCAUUGUGUUGAAACAAUGUAUAAAUAUAAUGGUCCUAAUCAUUCACCAAUAUGGUACUCAUUUCCAAGUAGAUUUAAACUUGCUUAUAUGCGGGAAUUUGAUCAUUUUAUAGAUAUUGUUUUGGGCAAAAGUAUAUGUAGUGUUGAAGCUAAAGAAGUUUUGGCAGUUUCUAAAAUUGCUACCGCGUGUGAAGAGUCAGCAAGAAGUGGAAAAAUGAUUACAUUAAAUUGGACAACUGAUGAAAUUCCCAACAAUCAUUUAGCUCAGUAAUUUUAUUCCAUAAUAUUUGUGUUAUAUAUUUUUUAAAUUGCAUUCAAUUGAUUAUCAAAAUACAAAUAUUAUAAAUUAUAAAAAUUAAUAUUAAAUUAAAUUUUUUUUUUUCCAAUUUUCAUAUUAAAAUAUUGACAUUUUGUUUUUUUUUUUUCAAUUAUUGAUAUAAUUAUUUUAUCACUUUAAUUAUUUUUUUUAUUUACAAUACUUGUUUGUUGAAAAAUAAAUAAAAUGAUAAUAAUAAAGAUAAAAUUUUUAUUUUAUUUUAUUUUAAAAUGACUGAUGAAAAAAAAGGAAAAAAAAAAAUAAUAAAAAGUUUAUAAUCUUAAUAUUACCAAGUCUUUUUUAUUUAGCUGUUU